GAGGCCUCAAACCAUCCAUCGCCUUAGCUACCAUAGCAUCUCGUCUCUGCAACUGUAAGAGUUCUGAGCUUGCUAACGCGGCCGGACAUGGCGAUCAGGGGGAUACCUUCGCAGCGGGAGAUGACGGUGGAGCAGUUCAAGGAGUGGCUGAAGCAGUUCGACGCGGACGGCGACGGCCGGAUCAGCAGGGCCGAGCUCCGCGAGGCCAUCCGCAGCCGCGGCGGCUGGUUCACCACCCUCAGGGCCGGCCGCGCCGUCCGCCGCGCCGACAGGGACAAGAGCGGCUUCGUCGACGACGCCGAGGUGGAGAACCUCGUCGCCUUCGCGCAGAAGGAUCUCGGCAUGAGGAUCUCUGCCUGGUAGCCGCCUGCCUAGGCUGGCUCCAUGGGGUUUUUAUCUGCUAUGCUAUGCUCGGCCUACUGAACGAAAACAAACUAAGCACUCCGUACUCCCUGCCUAGCUAGCGUCGUGUGAAAUAGGUUGAACUUGACAUGCAAACUUCUCCUGAAUAAUAUGUGUAAUAUCAGGAGAUUUAGUUGAGGUUCGCCACUAUGCAGUUACUUCAUUAUGGAGUGUUUGUGUACGAGUACUAUUACGCUGGAAUUUGAUGCUGCGCCCCUUAGAACA